AUGAAUGUAGGGAUUCGUAUGCUAGAUCUUUGUGAUUUUGAGUUGUUGCCCGAAAGUACCAGUGAUUUUCAAACCGUUGAUGUAUUUUAUUUCAGAACUGUGCUUUCCUGGAAUAUUAUAUCCCAGUAUCUCAGUGAAACCAGAUCCGGUUUAAGUGAAUCAACCGUUGCAGUUUCCGAACACAAUAUUCUGCCAACUGUUCUGGAUUACCUUCUUAGUAUCAACGUUACCUCUGUUAACAGCGAACGGGGCUUCAGCAAACUGAAAACCAUAUACAAUGAUAAACGGCAUUCUUUGAGCGAUGGAAAUGCUGGUAAUGAAUUACUUCUGAGCAGUACCGUCAACUCAUUGAAUCUCGACCUCUCUGUUGAAGAAAUUCAAGAUCGAGGAUUAAAGGAACUUUUGGACCGCAUUCUAUAA